GCUUCCUAGUCCCGCCCCUCAAGUGCCUCUCUGCCUGUGAGUUACCUGUGCAGAAUUAAACAGAGGACGCGUCUGGCAGGCCAGGCUAGCGCUUCGCAACACAAUCAGUCCUUCACCCAUUCACGCGCUGGUGGGUAUGAGCUACAUUGUAGCCACAGCUGCCCUGGAGCACACUGACAGAGGCGAAGCUGCCAUACGCCACUAGUACUUCGGACCACCAGCAGGUGAGGCGGGUUAAGUGUCUUGGCUAAGGACCCAAUGACUGCAACAGAUGGGGCUCAAACCUGCCACCUCCUGGGGGUGGGCACUUAACUUGUAUGCCCACCAUCACCACUCAGAUCUCAGAAUCAGAGUACUUGUAGUGAUGUACUUUAAACCUGAUAAUGUUCAACAUGUAGUCUAUUCAUUAUUUUUAAACCAGGUGCUUUUCUACAUUCAGACAUAUUCUUUCUUUUGAAAAUAAACAACAAUUUAAUUAUACAUGAUAGUAAAUAUUUAUUUUCUCUUGCUUUGAUUUGAAUUAUUAAUAUUUUUACUGUUUUCUUUUCAGGCACCAAAUUAAAGGAAAUGCGUUUGAGUCUAAUUCUCUGCAGCGUUUAUACUGAAACAGCCUGGGCAGUGAUACAUCUCACAAGGUUGCUUCCCCCACACAGAGAGAAUGUGUCCAUUGGUUUAUUCUCCAUCUGCAAUCACCUGACUGGAUUGAGGGGCAGUGGCGAGCCGACAGACGUCAAGAUGAAACUAUCAGCGGAAGAAUUCGAAGCUCUGAUGACGACGCAGGUGGAAGAAACAUUCAAAAUACGCAGAUAAAUGGAACAGCUGUGGAUGCAGAUAAACAAACAGCGCCAGAGCCAUUAUUGUGAUUUACUGUCCAGUUGGCGGAUUAAUAACCAUCCAUAAAGAGGAGGAAGGAGGCGUGCGAGCUGGACGAGGACGGGAGUGAAGGCGCUGAUAGAGGUGGGAAGACAAAGGGGGGGUGUAAAUGAGGGAGAGGGGAGCAGAUAAAGCCAGAACCGAAACCAUGAACUCUGCACUGUCUUACGACUCGCUGUCAGCCCGGCCGAGUCCUACCAGGCGAGCUCUGGACUGGGAGCGUGAGCAGCUAGCUGUGCGGAGACUCUCCUCUCCGCUUGGGGUGAACCUGCUCACUCCUCUACCUCGCCGACCCUCUGCCAUCCCCGGCUACCUGCUUCCUCCUUACCAGGAGCACGAAGAGCAGCUCCACCAGCAGCAGCAGCAGUGUCUAUCCUUGUCUGUGGGAUCAGAGGCUUCCCUGGCGCCCCCUGCCCCUCCGCCGGUAGGAGCUGCCCCACCCUGCUGUCGCCCAGUGGGAGUCAUGCACCUACUGCGUCUGGGUCUCCUUGCCUUCAGCUGCCUCUUCUGGGCGGCUGGUUUGGCGAUCUUCACCUUGGGCGUAUGGGCUCAGAUCUCGUUGGCGGACUACAUGAUGCUGUCAGCUAAUCGUUACCCCAACGCUCCACUCAUCCUCCUGUCCACAGGUGCUGCCGUCACUGCUUGGGGCUUCUUGGGGUGUCUCGGAGUAGCUGCAAACCUGCCCUGCCUUCUGAGGGCUUAUGGGUUCUUUCAACUUGCCACACUUGUAGCCGGUUUGGCAGCUGGACUCUCAGGCCUCUUCUACCGUGAAGAGAUUGCCGGAGGGUUUCGUAGCGGCUUACAGCGAGCCGUGGCAGGCUACACGGAAGAUGAAGGCCGUGCCGACGCUCUAGACAGCCUGCAGAGGGCUUUGGAGUGCUGCGGAGGCGAGGGUUGGCGUGACUGGCUGACUUCGGACUGGGCUUUUCAGCACAUGAUGCUACUUCCAGUUGAGAACGGCACUUCGGUUUCUCUUCCAGACAGCUGCUGUGUGAGGCGUAAGGGUUGUAGGAAUCGUCCUCUUCUGUCAGACGACAACGAAGAAGCAACUGACGCUGGAAUCCAUCCACGGGGCUGCUUCCGCAAGGUCUUCAGCUUGGUCAACGACAACGUCUUCCACAUCGCCGCCACCGUGUUGGGUUUGGCGUUCAUGCAGAUCGGAGGCAUCACCCUGGCGUGCCUUCUAGCCAACAAACUGACUCCCAGACAACAUGGACGGGUCGUCGCACAUUGAGGAUUAAUCCUAGCUCUUCAGAUCCACCAAUUUAUUGACUGAAAUAAUCUGAAUACUUCUGUGUUUAGAAGUAAAGAAUUGGGUCUGUAUCGUUUUACUGUAAGAGAGAAGCCUUUCUGUGAGGCUCAUUGAACUCAAUCCUAAAAGACUUCCAACAAACGCGAUUCAGGAAGAGACAACAAACAUGCAAAUAUAGAAAAGAAACGAUUGAAGUCUGUUGUGGAAAUUGGACCGACUGAGGCAACAAUUAGUUCUUUCGUGAUUAUAGAUUCAGGUAAAUCUUUUAAAUUUGGAGACAAUUUGGGCUCAGUUUUUGGACAUUUUGGUCCACUGGGGUCAACAGCAGCCUUGUGAGGUAGUCAACAGAUCUGGUUGGGCUUUAGCAACCAUGCUUAAGCUAGUUCUGAGUCAUCGGUCACACUGUAUGUGUUUAAAAACUGCUUUUCAGGCUUGCUAAGCGUCAAUCACAAACCUCUACAGGGCCAAUGGAACCAGAAUACCCCCCCCCCCCCACCCCCCCCA